GCCGCACCGAUCACCAUCCACCACAACGAAAGCAACAGCCAGCGAUCGGGACAGCAGCAAAGCUCGCUAGCUACCUCCUACCACUAAGUCACGAUCACAGCUAGCCACUCGACGAUCGUCAUGGCAAAGUCGGCGUCCCUGCUGAUCCUCGUGGUCCUAGUGGCCACGGCGUGCUUCGCCCGGCUGGGCUCGGCGGCGCGCGACGUCCCGGCCGAGAAGCCCGUGGCCGUGGUGGAGGAUGCGGUGAAGCGGCCGGAGACGUUCCAGGAGGGGACGGUGCUGAUCCCGGGGAUCGGGCGGUACGAGCUGGGCACCCACUACAUGCCGGACCUCGGCGGGCUGGACCACAGCAUUCCGGCCGCCGCUAGCGGCCAGUUCAUCCCCGGCGCCGACGACACCUGGGUCCCUAACCCCGGCUUCGAGGUGCCUAACCCCUUCCGCCCCGGCUCGGAGUCUCCCUGAUCGAACCGGCCGGCCGGCCGGACAACACGUGCACGCUAUUCUCAUCCAUCGGUAGCUAUAGCUAGCCUGCUAUAAAUUGAUUUCCGCUAGCGUAUGUUUUCUUGUAAUUGCUACGAUAAAAUAGCUGCUACAUGGCCAUGCAUGUAUAUGCGCGACUGUCGUGGGCCGACGGCGUUUUGUUUCAGUGUGCUGUGUGUGGAGAGAUUGUGUAUGGAAGUAUGGGUGGUACCAUUGAGCCACGUUCAGUACUCUUGAUCCA